AACAGGAGAGAGCUAGCUUCAAUGGAGAAGAUCUUCUACAAGUCCCAAAAGCGGUUAGGUGUCUCGUCUAGUUCAGUUCGAGAGGGAGAAGAACGUGUUGUUAUCAGAGAGGAAGAUAGGAUAAGCUCAUUACCUGAUCCUUUGUUAUGUCAUAUACUCAGCUUUCUCACCAUCGACGAAGCUGUUUGGACAAGUGUUUUGUCUUCUCGUUGGAGACAUCUCUGGAAAUGGGUUCCUAGGUUAGAACUAGACAGCUCUUAUUUCCCUAGUGACAAAGCCUGCGUUGAUUUCAUCGACGAGUUUCUUGCUUUCCAAGGCAAGUCCUACUUGCGUGAGUUCAAGUUAACCAUUGACCACGAUGUCUUCUAUAGCGACGUUUCUCUUUACGAGCCGUGUCUCGGUAGAGUGGAUAUGCGCAAGAUCGAACGUUUCCAAGUCGAGAACCGGUUUGAAAAACUUAGCGUUGAUAACAUUGCGACGCCCUUAACGCUCUCCGCGUGUGAGGCAUUGGUCUGCUUAAAACUCCAUUUCGUUAGGCUAAAUGAGUUCGUGUCUCUUUCAUUGCCCUGUCUCAAGAUCAUGUACUUGGAAGACGUUGUUCUGCCUAGUGACGCGGCAGCAGAGGCUCUGAUCUCCUCCUCUCAGGUUCUUGAAGUCUUGAAGAUAAGCCUCAGUAGAGAUGAUGUUGUGGUAGCUUUACGCGUCUGCUCAACGUCGCUUAAGAGCUUCAAUCUAAAAGGAGUGGAACGUUGUUAUGUUUGUGGACACUAUUCAGUAUUGAUUGAUGCGCCCAAGCUUGAGUAUCUGAGUCUCAUGGAUUACUACCAUUUCAGAAGCUUUGAGAUAACCAGUAUGGCAGCUGACUCUGUCAAGGUUGAUAUUGAUGUCGAGUUUAUGCUGAUAAAAGGUUACUUGUCGGAAACGAAGAUGGUCUACAAUCUUGUCAAGAGUUUUUCAGGUGCUGAAGAUUUGACCAUAUCAUGGAAAUCUCUGGAGUUUAUAUAUAGUAGUUUCCAUCGUAUGAAACGACCUCCCAAGUUGCAUGACUUGACUGUUUUGCGUGCCACCAUGUGCUUAUACGCAUCCCCUAAACUAUUGCCAGUCGUUCUUGAGAGCUGCCCCAAUCUGAAACACUUGACAUUGGAAUUGGUUAUUGAUGAUGAUCCUGAUGCCGGGAGUAGUACUAGACUCUCCACUGUGCUGCCUCGUUGUUUGGUGUCGUCUCUGGAAUCUGUUGAAAUGGAAAGCCCGGUCACGGAGAUAGCUACUGAACUGAAAUUGGCUAGAUACUUUAUGAAGAACUCGACUACGCUCAAGAAGCUCGUGCUGCGUUUGAAUGAUUGUACACUCAAGCCUUGUGUCUUGGAACAACUCGUGAAAUCUUCAAAGCGCUUUGGUUUGUCUCAAUUCGAAGUUAUUCCAGUGGUUCCAACUCCAAAUCCAAGGCCUGAGGGGUAUGUUUAUGAAAAAUCACGUAGGUUCUAA